AUGCAAAGCUCUAAGACUAUUACCGAGCAGUUUGAAGAAUUAAUCAAGAAAGCAAAAACAUUGAAUAAAACUCAUCCAAUUAUUCCAGAGGAAAACGUGGCCAGCAAAAAGAAUGACCUAGUUUCUGUCAAAACUGAAAUCUCAAUGCUUCAGAAGCGUCAUGAUAUGUGUGUUGUACAGAAAAAUGCUAUUAGGGAUCUGAUCAAACUUCAUAAAGAGGAAUUACAGCUUUUGGAAAGUGCUCUAAGGACAAUCGAGUCUGAAGAAAAGAAAAUACUUGAAAUAAUAUUUAGAGAAACUCUAGAUAAUGACUCAUUGACUAAAACGACAUCCGUAGAAAUGGUUGAACGUGAUAAUGAUUCACUACAUGCAAAAUCUGUUCUUACAUCUCAAAAUGUGUCUACUUCCACUACCUACGAAAAUUUAGAUUACGAGGCUCCUAAAAACUAUGCUGAUUCUAAUUAUGAGAAUUCUGAAUAUUUAAAUAAUGAAAAUUCUCAUAAAAAAGAGUCAGAUAGUGAGGAAUCUAACGAUUACUCGGAUGAUUAUUCAGAACAAGACAACCUUUCUCCAAAACAUACGGUCAGCAGAAGAAUCAAUUCAGAUAGAAUGGUCAGAUUUUCUAUGGAUGACUUAAAAAUUAGUUCAGAAACUAAAUCAAAUCCCGCUCCAAAAUCGAACUCAACUAAUCUUACAAACACGGCAAGAUCUUCAAAUUCAAUUAAAGGCGUAAUUAGUAUUCCUCAAAGAUACAACUAUAUUAGAAACAGAAAUUCUAGUUUAAUGAAGGAGAUCUCAAUUAAGAAAAUACUGGAAGGAAAUAGAAAACUAGAAACAGAAGAAAAGGAUGAAGAUCAAAGAGCAUUGGUGAGAAAACUUCAUACUUUGUAUGCAUCUAAAAGAUAG